AUGGCAGAUACAUCAAUACCCUUAAAUUCACUGCAGUUCAGCAAUGUGCCGAGGGAGGAAAAUGACGACACCCCAAAUAGGGAGACGACCUUUUCUGGACCAAUGCUAGAAAGCAGAGCAGAGGGCCAAAUUCUGCCUUCUAGUGUCCAGCCUAUGGUCUCAACUUCAGCAUCAGACCCUGGAGGGAUGUCCACACAGCUGAUGACAUCCCCAGCCUUUGACACCAUGGGUGCACCUCUAAUGGGAACAGCAAACUCUGGAGCUGUGUCCUCACCGCUCUUGUCAGACUCUGGGGCACUGUCCCCAUUGUUAAUGCCAACUUCGGAUUCAGAGGCUCUGUCCCCAUUGUUAAUGCCAACCUCAGACUCUGGGAUGCUGUCCCCAUUGCUAAUGCCAGCCUCAGAUUCUGGAACAUUGUCUCCAUUGCUGUCCACUUCAGAGUAUGGAUUAAUGUCCCCAGGGCUGAUGACGAUUCCUGACUUUGGAACAAUGUCCACAGCACUAACGGCAACACCAGAUUCUGAAGACAUAUCACCACUGGCAAUGUCAGCCUCAUCCUCUGAAGCAAUGGCCACACCAUUGAUGCUAGCCCCAGAUUCUGGAGAGCUCUCCCCUCUGCUAAUGCCAGAUAUUAACCCUGGAGAGAUGUCCACACAGCCAAUGCCGGCUCCAAGCUUUGAAGGAAUGUCACCAUUGCAAAUUACAGAUGAAGAUACUGAAGCAAUGUCCAAAGUGCUAAUGACUGCCCUGGUCUCUGGAGAGAUCUCUUCACUGCUCAUGUCAGACACAGACUCUGAAGCGAUCUCCUCACUGAUAAUGUCAGCCCUAACUUCUGAAGCAAUGUCCACCCAGCUAACGAGCACCCAAGAUUCUGGGGAAAUGUCCACCCAGCUAAUGUCAGGCCCAAACUCUGGAGUAGAGUCUUUACCACUAAUGACAGCUCCAGGCUCCGGAGCCAUAUCCUCACCGCUCCUGUCAGUCCCUGAAGCUGGAGAAAUGCCCACCUUGUCAAAGCCAGCCCCAGAUGCUGAGGCAGUGUCCCCACAGCUAAUGAUGGCUCUGACCUCUGGAGGGAUGCCCACCCAGCUGAUGCCAGCCCAAAGCUCUGGAGCUAUGUCCUCACAGUUAACACAAAGUCUAGAUUCUCAGAUUGUGUCUACUCCACCAAUGAGAGCAACAGCCCCCGGGGAGAUGUCUGCAUCGUCAGCAAGAGCCUCAGAUUCUGGAGCAAGGUCGACACUGCAAAUGAGAACCCCAGCCUCUGGCAAUAUGUCCACGCUGCUAAAUACAGUCCCAGACUCUGCAGCACUGUCCACCCCACUGAUGACAGCCACAACCUCUGGAACCAUGUCCGCAGAGCCAGUGCCAACUGCAACCUCUAGAGGAAUGUCCACACACUUAACAACGGCUCAAAUUUCCGGAACCACAUCCACGGGCUUUAUGAAAGUCCCAGCCAGUGGGGCAAAGUCCACACCAAGAAUGAGAGCUCCAGCCUUGGGGGCAAUGUCCAUCCCACCCAACACAGCCCCCAUCUCUGAAACAGUAUCUAUGCUACAAAUGACCACCCCAGCCUCUGGGUCAGUAUCCACACUACAAAUAAAAGCGCCUGUCUCUGGAGCAACAUCUAGGUCACAAAGGAGAGCCACAGCCUCGAGAGUGACAGCUGGACCACAAAUGAGAGCCUCUGGAGCCAUGUCCACCCCACAGAUGACAGCCAAAGCCUCUGGAUCCAUGUCCUCACUAUUGACGAGAGACACAGCCCCGGGAGUGAUGUCUGUGCCACCGAUGAAAGCUACAGCCUCAGGAGCAUUAUCCAAGCCACUAACAACACCCAAAGCCUCAGAAGCAAUGUUCAUGCAGCAAAUGACAACCACAGCUUCUGGAGAGAUCUCCACAAUGCUAAUGAGAGACAUAGCUUCUGGAGCCAUGUCCAUGCCACAGAUGACAGAUGCUGCCUCUGCCGGGAUGUCCACACCACUAAUGAGAGCCCCAGCCUCUGGAGACGUGUCCACACCACAAAUGACAGCUGCAGCCUCUGGAAGCAUGUCCAUGCCCCUAACGAGAGCCCCAGGCCCUGGAACCAUGCCCACAGUGCUAAUGAGAUCCACAGUCUCUGGAAAGAUGCCAAGUCAGCCAGUAGGCACUCAAGACUUUGGGGGGAUGUCCAUGUCAUUCAAAAGAUUCAUGACCUCUGGAGGGAUGUCCACACUGCAGAUGCGAGCCCCAGCCUCUGAAGUGAUGUCCACACCAAAAAUUAGAGCCCCAAGCUUUGGGGCAGCAUCCACACCCCUGAUGAGAGCCUCAAACCCUGGAGAGGCAUCCACACUUCUCACAAGAGCUUCACCCUCUGGAGAAAUGUCCUCAGCACUAACAAGACCCCCAACUUCUGGGGAGAUAGCCACCACCCCUCUGAGAGCCCCAGCUUAUGGAGCAAUGUCUACUCCGCAGAGAACAGCCACAGCCUCUGGCAUGAUGUCCAUGCCACAAAUGAGGGCUCCAAUCUCUGGGCCGAUGUCCACACCACUCAUGAGAUCCACGGCCUCUGGAGUGAUGUCCAUGCCUCAAAUGACAGCCGUGGCCUCUGGAGGGGUGUCCAUGCCAUUGUUGAGGGCCCCAGCCUCUGGAGCAACAUCUGCACCACAGAUGCCCACAGCAGCAUCUGCAGAGGUGUGCAUGCUAUCCAUGCGAGCCCCCAGCUUGGGAGUGAUGUCCCCGCCAUUAUUAAGGGCUCCAGUCUCUGGAAUUAUGUGCACACCCCCGAGGAGACCCUCAGUCUCUGAAGAUGUGUCCACAGAGUUCAUGAGAGCUCCAGCCUCUGGAAAGAUGGCCACUGCACAAACCACAGCCAUGGCCUCGGGAGGGAUGUCCAAGCCAUUCAUGAGAGCUGUGGCCUCUGGAGUAACACCCAUGCCACUGAUGUCUGCCAUGGCUUCUGGAGAGACAUCCAUGCCACUAAUGAAAAGCCUGUCAUCUGGGGCAAUGUCCACACUGCAAACAAGAGUUGUGAGUUCUGGAUCAACGUCCUUGCCACAAACGACAUACACAACCUCAGGAAAGAUGUCCACACCGCCAAUGAGAGCCUCGGCUUCCGGAGCCACAUCCACACCACUUAUGAGAGCCUCAGCUUCCGGAGCCACAUCCACACCACUUAUGAGAGCCUCGGCUUCCGGAGCCACGUCCACACCACUUAUGAGAGCCUCGGCUUCCGGAGCCACGUCCACACCACUUAUGAGAGCCUCGGCUUCCGGAGCCACGUCCACACCACUUAUGAGAGCCUCGGCUUCCGGAGCCACGUCCACACCACUUAUGAGAGCCUCGGCUUCCGGAGCCACAUCCACACCACUUAUGAGAGCCUCGGCUUCCGGAGCCACAUCCACACCACUUAUGAGAGCCUCGGCUUCCGGAGCCACAUCCACACCACUUAUGAGAGCCUCAGCUUCUGGAAUGAUGUCCAUGCCACUUCUGAGACCCAUAUCCUCUGGGGGGAUGUCCAUGCCACUAAUGAGGGCCACAGUCCCAGCAGCCAUGUCCGCAUCCCAGAUGGCAGCCCCAGCCCCUGGAAUGAUGUCCACCCUGGGAAUCAAAGCCACAGACUCUGGGGAAACAUCUGCCCCUCGCAUCAAUGUCACAGCCUCUGGAUCAAAGUCCACACCACACGCGACGACCACCCCCCCCAAAACAGUAAAGCCACCAUCAGAGGAAGUCCCAUCUUUUGGCAUGCUGACCCCAGCACUCUGUUACCUCUUAGAAGAACAAGAAGCAGCCCGGGGUUCACGCCCUGUGGAAGAGGAGGUGGAGAUUGAUGAGGAGAAGCAAAUGAAGGGAUUUUUGAAUGAUUCAGAGAAAAUGGCUUUUCUGGUGUCUCUUCAUCUGGGGGCAGCAGAGAGGUGGUCCAUCUUGCAGAUGGAGGUAGGAAACCCCCUCACCCGUGAAGAUAAAUCUUUCCUGAGAAGAUCUCAGGGCUUAUAUGACUCCCUGUCUGAAAUUGACAUCCUCAGUGCGGUUCUCUGCCAUCCCAAGCAGGGCCAGAAGUCGGUCAGGCAGUAUGCCACUGACUUCCUUCUGCUGGCCCGACAUUUGUCUUGGUCCGAUGCCAUUCUGCGGACCAGGUUCCUGGAAGGACUCUCUGAAGCUAUUGCCACCAAAAUGGGCCGGAUCUUCCUGAAGGUGGCUGGCAGCCUAAAGGAGCUGAUAGAUAGGUCUCUCUAUACCGAGUGCCAGCUGGCCGGAGAGAAGAAUUCCCGAGGCAGCUCCAGCCAGGUUCUGACAUCACCCUGUAAGCGGAAUAGCGAGGAGGCAAUGGAGAAUGAACUGAACCCCCAGCAGCAGACCGAGGAGCACCAGCAUGUUCCCAAACGCUGUUACUACCUGAAAGAGCAUGAAGACCCUCAAGAGGGUCUGCACGACCACCUUCGAAAGAGCACAGGCCAUCAGAAGGCCCCCACUAACAAGUAA